AUUCGAUCUGGAAGAGUUAACCUCACUUUUUUUCAAACAAUUUCAGGAAAUUUGUCAAAAAUGUAUUCCGUUCUAUUAAAAAAAGAAACUGCACAUGAAGAGAGUAUAUGGUGCUGCACUUGGGGCAGGAGGAAAAGCGAAAAGAAGAUUAAAACUAACGAAGGAGGAGAUGAUGAAAAGUCUCGAGACUCGAUAUUGUCGGACGAUGGGGGCCCCACAGACUAUAUUAUCACCGGCGGUGUUGACGACUUGGUAAACGUGUGGCAAUUAGAAGACGACACUCUGAAACUUCAUCAUAAAUUGGAAGGCCACUCUUUGGGCGUAGUUUCUGUAGCCAUAAGCAACAGUGGAAAGUUAUGCGCUUCAAGUUCCUUGGACUCGAGCAUGAGAAUUUGGGAUUUGGAAAGAGGGGAAAAAAUUGCAAAUGUUGAAUGUGGACCUGUUGAUUUGUGGACCGUGACAUUCAGCCCUGACGAUAAGUACAUUGUUUCCGGAUCUCAUGCUGGCAAAAUCACUAUGUAUAGUGUGGAAACGGCAAAAGCAGAACACACUUUUGUUUCAAGAGAAAUUUUUAUCUUGAGCAUAGCGUAUAGUCCUGAUGGAAAAUAUAUAGCCAUCGGAGCCAUAGACGGGAUCAUAGAAAUAUUCGACGUGGCCAAUAGCAAACGGUGCUAUACCUUAGAAGGACACGCUAUGCCAGUGAGAACUCUUUGUUUCUCCCCAGACUCGCAGAUUCUUCUAACCGGAUCCGACGAUGGACAUAUGAAACUAUACGACGUUCAGCAUACCACCGUUGUUGGAACGCUUUCUGGCCACGGCUCCUGGGUAUUGAGUGUGGCCUUUUCACCUGACGGCAAACACUUUGUGUCGGGUAGCGCUGAUAAAACCGUGAAGGUUUGGGACGCAAGUACAAAGCAGUGCAUUCAUACUUUUGCGGAACACACUGAUCAGGUUUGGGGGGUGAAGUUCAGUCCAGAUAGCAGCAAAAUAGUAUCAGUUUCUGAAGAUAGAAAUAUGAUCAUCUAUAGUUGUCCAGUUUGAAAAUAUUCUGCAAUAAAGAAUUUUAAUUUUGUACACAUUA